AAUUCAUAGUUUUCAACUUGAAGAAUAUUAUUUUUUCAAUGAUAUAAAUAUUAAUUUGAACAAAAUAAUUACUUCAAGAUCAUGACUAUGUAUUUAAUUAUUACUAUCGCAGUUUGCGUAUCGUCUCAAAUCGGCAUGAACGAAGCUAAAAGGGUAGGAGUGGGUUCAUCUUUAAGUUCACAUAUCUCUAAUAAUAUGCAAAAUGGUGGUGGUUUGUCAUCUGCAGACGCUAAUUAUAUUCUUCAAAAUAUUGCGGCCGGUAGGGGAGCGUAUGGUUUAGGAGCUCAGAACAGCUUGCAAAAUGAAGUUACUGGACUUACUUCAAAUGUGGAUGAAAAUACACUUUUAAAUGUAUUGUACGGAAGGGGAUCGUAUGGUUUAGGAGCUAAUAACAACUUGCAAAAUGAAGUGACUGAAUUUACUUCAAAUGCGGACGUAAAUCCACUUUUAAAUGUAUUGCGCGGAAGAGGAGCACAUGGUUCAUUAGCGAAUAAUUAUAAUACAUAUUUUCAAAAUGAAGCAUCUGGACUUAAUUCAAACGCUGAAGCAAAUGUACUUUUAAACCUGUUGGCUGGAAGAGGAGCAUAUGGUUCAAGCGUGAAUACUAAUAGCUAUAAUGUAGAAAAUCCAUUAGAUGCACUGGGUUUGUCUACAGACGCUGAUAAUAUUAUCCAAAACUUAGUGAAUGGCAGAGGAUCGUAUGGUUCAGCUAGCAAUAAUGUAAACAAUAAUAACGCUCAUGCAAAUGAAAUUAUAAAUAGCCUAUUGAAGGCGAGGUACAGUUCAGCUAAUAAUAAUAAAAAUAAAAAUUUUCAAAAGGUAUUAGCAGCAGCGGUGUCGUCUGCUAACAACGAUGUGCUGAAUAAUAUUGUAACUGGAAGAGGAUGGCACGGUUCAAUUGGUAAUAACCAUCGUCUUCAAAAUGCAGUAGCAGCAACACUCGUUGCAAAUGCACUUGAAAAAAGUAUUAAUUCAAAUGCGAACGUGAAUGGACGCGGAACAUUGGCAAAUAAUAUCAACAGCAACAAUAAUCUUCAAAAUGUUCUCGCACUUCUUUCAUCUUCACGUGGUAAUUUACUUCAAAAUCCAGCGAAUGUAAGAGGGUCGUCUUAUUCACUUUCAAAAAACAGGAAUAAUAAAAAUAUUGAAGCACUGCUUUUAAGUGCUCUUAAUCGAAAUGCUGGAAGCCAACCAUCACAUACAAAUUAUUAUAGUAAUAUAGAACGUCGUAGUAAUAAUGCGUAUGAUGCUAAUAACGCAAAUGAUGCUAAUAACGCUUUUGAUGAAAAUAAUAACGAUGCUUAAAUUGAGUUAAGCUGAAUAAUUUAAAAUUUUUUAAAUAUUUUUCUUUGAUUUAUAAUAAAUAUCUUUCUUUGAUUG